CUAAUUUAUUAUUUAUGAGCACAUUGCGUCGGUAAGAAGCUGAACUAAUGCACAUUCUAUGCUGUGAACUAGUGGACGCGUAAAUAAUUAAACCAGCCAUUAAUCAUGCGCCAUUUGAACGUGGCAUUCCCAAACGGCAGAUCACGGUUAGCGAUGGCAGUGGCAAGAGCGUUCCGUGUGUUGUAUCGCAUUCUCGUUGACUACUGUUCAAACUGCUCCCUGGCCGGUGUUGGAUACAUCUCGAACCGGAAGUACCACUGGACGGAACGAUUGUUCUGGAUGGCCUGUGUACUGUUCGCGUGGACCGGUUCGUACAUGCUGAUCAAAACGUACAUGGAACUGUUCCGCAAGGAUGCGGUCAGCAUCGUGGUGGAGAAUCUCGAUCCGCGCAAAGACAUCACAAGCUUUCCAUCGGUCGGUGUGUGUGAGAUGGGCUAUACCAAGCAGCAGUACGAUGCGUUGCAGCAUGUGAUCGAUGGGUUUCGCACGAGCGAAGAGAUGGAGUACAACUACGAUGUGGAGGAGUUUAUGCUCCGCUUGAUCUACCACAAUCUGUACAACUAUGGUUCGAUCAAGUCGUACUGUGCGAUGUACAAGGAUUGUGACGAUUGUGUCAAGUGUCCGGUUGAUGGAUAUCCACGGUUUUCUAUCGCGGUCCGUGCCAACUGUUCACAGCUGUUCGAUGAGUGCCGCUGGAAUGGCGAAGUGUUUGACUGCUGCCGUUACUUUCGCCCAAUACAGACGACGAUGGGUUCUUGCUUUCUGCUAAACUCCAUACAGACGAUCAAAAAAUACAGCCCACAGUGGUUACGCAUGGAUAUGAGUAUGGGAUCUCCCAGAGGAGAGCUGCUGCUAAACUUUAGCCGCGCAACGACGGCAUACCUCCAGAACCAGGAAGACAUUCCACACAUGCUGCUAACGACGCUCCAGUUCAACCAAAUGCCGGAAGGAUAUGCGGGUAAGAUCUUCAUCACCGUGCAGAACAUUGCGAACGAUCCACUAGUACGCACGGUCGGCAAAGAUGUGCGCCGUUGUGUUUUCCCGGAUGAGAGUACCGAUACCCGGUACGCAAAGUACAGUUACAGUGUGUGCGUUACGGAAUGUCUAAAGACGGCACAGAUUAAAACGUGCAAUUGCUGUCACCACAACAUGCUACUUGGAAAAAACGACAAAAGCCCGGUUUGUGGAUACGAUGGGCUUAACUGUCUCGAUCAGCGCGAUCUGAUGUUUCCCCAGACGACCAUUAUGCAACCGUGGCGUACGAAUGGGCUCGUGUGUGAUUGCUACCCAUCCUGUACCGAGCAUGAGAUACGCAUCAUCGGUCGCGAAUCGGAAAUGGAACGUCGAACUGGCCGGUCGGUACUGAUCAAAAUUAUGGGUCUACCAUCGCAACGCUAUCGGCGACAGAUCGUGCGUGAAAACAUCGAUGUCGUCGUAUCGAUCGGUGGGAUUUUGGGACUGUUUACCGGUGCGAGUAUUUUAAGCUUGGUGGAGUUUAUCUACUUUUUCACCGUCCGCUUUGGAUCGUACGUGGUGACUGAGAUUAAGGAGGAAGAAAACGUCGCUGUAACGGAUAAUGAGUCGGAUGAAAAUGAUUUGCAAGGAAAACAUCAAACAUUACAUUAGGCCAGGGGUCUCCAAACUAGGGCCCGCGAGGCCCUCCCUAGAGAUCCCGAGAUUGGCCCUCAGCUGUGGCUAUUCCACUCAAUGUGGCUCGCCAUCUAAAAAGUUUGGAAGCCCCUGCAUUAGGCGAUGAGAAAAUGUUAUCCUUUUUUGUGUAUUGAAAUAAUUCAUUUUAAUUAGAUGUGCUAUUUGUUAAGCUUUUGAAAGUAGCUAUCGUCCAGGUGCGCAUCGAGCAUAUAGUGUUGUUUGGUAUCGUUUUCAUGACAGUCUCAAGGUCACGAAGUAAAUACGAGCAAUCAUCGCUCGAUAACAAAUUUCAACUUUUCAUUAUUAACUUUAAUAAACAAUUAAAUAUUCUAAUCUUUUAUGCCACGCAACUACACCUUCUGCCUUCUUUAAUAUCCAACUCCCUACUAGAGAUGUGCAAAGUGAGUAAGAGUGAGUUUGAUACACAUGAGUUUACACACAUGAGUUGAAACGGAAUACAUGUGUACAAUACCCAAACUAGCCAAAUGAAUAUACUUCUCGCUCUACCUAACUAUCAAUCCUGCAUAAGCGAACAAGCGAUAUAGUGUGAUCGGCAAGGAUAUUAAACGGGAUCCGUCUCUGCUUAAGAGAUUGGCAAAUUUAUAGAAUUUUUUUAUAUAUAGGCUAUAGGCAAAAUUUGGCGCAAAAAUGAGCCUUAUGAAAUUUUCUAUUUUUUUUUAAUUUUUUUUAUUUUUUUAUAAUUUUUUAUUCUGUUUUUUAUUUAAAGCAUCAUUUGAGUGAAAACAAACUUUUUUGAACCAAUUGGCAUUAAAAUAAAUCAAUUUUAUUUUUUUUUGCAAAAUUUCUCAAAAAAAUGGUAAGGGGUACCCCUUAUGAAAUUUUCGAGUGGAAAAUUUUUUUGAAAUUUUUUUCUGAUUUUUUAUUCUUUUUUUAAAUUAGAGCAUUAUUUGAGUGAAAAGAAACAUAUUGCAACAAAUUCACAAUAAAAUAUAUCAAAUUUAAAAAUUUUGCUGAAUUGCAGAAAAAUGAGGAAAAUUUUACAUUUUCUCAAACAGGGUAAGGCACUUGGUUCCUCGCAUAACUUCUGGCACAGACAUCUGAGGGCAUGGCCGUCCAAGAAGAAAAUGUAGCCAUUGGUGGCAUCUAUCGACCACAGGUUAAAGAUUGGCGAUCCGUUGGAUACCGACCGAGUUAUAGCCAAAACUUGGCGCAAAAAUGAGGAAAAUUUUACAUUUUCUCAAACAGAGUAAGGAGCUUGGUUCCUCGCAUAACUUCUGGCACAGACAUCUGAGGGCAUGGCCGUCCAAGAAGAAAAUGUAGCCAUUGGUGCCAUCUAUCGACCACAGGUUAAAGAUUGGCGAUCCGUUGGAUACCGACCGAGUUAUAGGCAAAAUUUGGUGCAAAAAUGAGGAAAAUUUUACAUUUUCUCAAACAGGGUAUGGAACUUGGUUCCUCUAAUAACUUCUGACACAGACAUCUGAGGGCAUGGCCGUCCAAGAAGAAAAUGUAGCCAUUGGUGCCAUCUAUCGACCACAGGAUACAGAUUGGCGAUCCGUUGGAUACCAACCGAGUUAUAGGCAAAACUUGGUGCAAAAAUGA